GCCACAGCCCAUGCUCACUGAGCUGCUCCACGGACCAUGAGGCUGUCACUGCCGCUGCUACUGCUGUUGCUGGGAGCCUGGGCUAUCCCAGAAGGCCUGGGGGACAGUGCCCCGUUCACAGCCACUGCCCCAGAGCUGGAUGAUGAGGAGAAGUAUUCAGCUCAUAUGCCAGCUCAUCUGCGUUGUGAUGCCUGCAAGGCGGUCUCCUACCAGAUGUGGCAACAUCUGGCAAAGGCAGAGGCCAAGCUUCAUACCCCAGACUCUGGGGGUCGUCGGGAGCUGAGUGAGUCAGAAUACACAGACGUCCUGGACCGGAGCUGCUCCCAGACCUGGCAAGACUAUGGAGUCCGAGAAGUGAACCAGGUAAAACGUCUCACGGGUCCAGGACUUAGCAAUGGGCAGGAGCCAAGCAUCAGUGUGAUGAUCACGGGGGGCCCCUGGCCCACCAGGCUCUCCGUGAUGUGUUUGCACUACCUGGGGGAGUUUGGAGAAGACCAGAUCUAUGAAGCCCACCAACAAGGCCAAGGGGCUCUGAAGGCAUUGCUGUGUGAAGGCUUCCAGGGGCCCUGCUCAGAAGAGGCACCAGUCACAAGGGCAGAGCUCUAGUCUAACUCCGCUUUCCCCUUUGUCGUCGCCCCUGAAGAGGGGAGAAGGAUGGGCUUCUGGAUUUGCCCCAUUCCUUUCUGCAGGCUGCCCCAGGGCAGAGAGGCCUUGCUCUUCUGUGUUGUCACUCUCCCUCCCUUCUCCAGCUCUAGGAGCGGGGAGGCCUUCCCCACAGGACUCAAAUAAAACCC